UUGUAUCUCUAAGCGUGCGUAGGUCCAGCGUUCCUACCGCUCCGCGUCUCCUUUGACUGGAGACAGAGUGCCCGCGCCCAGGUUCAGAGCCCUCUGCUAUCCGGAGCCCAGAGAGGGAGCUGGAUGCUGAGUAUUCCCACUUGAUGUCCCUCCAGGACUCACGGCUUCUACAGCUGCAAUGCUGUCGAGACUCUUCCGCAUGCAUGGCCUCUUUGUGGCCUCCCACCCCUGGGAAGUCAUCGUGGGGACAGUCACACUGACCAUCUGCAUGAUGUCCAUGAACAUGUUCACUGGUGACAACAAGGUUUGUGGUUGGAAUUACGAAUGUCCAAAAUUUGAAGAGGAUGUUUUGAGCAGUGACAUUAUAAUUCUAACAAUAACACGAUGCAUAGCGAUCCUGUAUAUUUACUUCCAGUUCCAGAAUUUACGUCAACUUGGAUCAAAAUAUAUUUUGGGUAUUGCUGGCCUCUUCACAAUUUUCUCAAGUUUUGUAUUCAGUACAGUUGUCAUUCACUUCUUAGAUAAAGAAUUGACAGGCUUAAAUGAAGCAUUGCCCUUUUUCCUGCUUUUGAUUGACCUCUCCCGAGCCAGUGCAUUAGCCAAGUUUGCCCUAAGUUCGAAUUCACAGGAUGAAGUCAGGGAAAACAUUGCUCGUGGAAUGGCCAUUUUAGGUCCCACAUUCACCCUCGAUGCUCUUGUGGAAUGUCUUGUCAUUGGAGUUGGUACCAUGUCAGGGGUACGUCAACUCGAAAUCAUGUGCUGCUUUGGCUGCAUGUCAGUUCUUGCCAACUACUUCGUGUUUAUGACUUUUUUCCCAGCUUGUGUGUCCUUGGUAUUGGAGCUUUCUCGGGAAAGCCGUGAGGGUCGUCCAAUUUGGCAGCUCAGCCAUUUUGCCCGAGUUUUAGAAGAAGAAGAAAAUAAACCAAAUCCUGUAACUCAGAGGGUCAAGAUGAUUAUGUCAUUAGGCUUGGUCCUUGUGCAUGCUCACAGUCGCUGGAUAACUGAUUCUUCACCUCAGAACAGUACCACAGAACAUUCCAAGGUUUCUUUAGGGCUGGAUGAAAAUGUAUCCAAGAGAAUUGAACCGAGUGUUUCCCUGUGGCAGUUUUAUCUUUCCAAAAUGAUCAGCAUGGAUAUUGAGCAAGUUAUUACCCUAAGUUUAGCUCUCCUUCUGGCUGUCAAGUAUAUUUUCUUUGAACAAGCAGAGACAGAAUCUACACUCUCAUUAAAAAACCCUAUCACAUCUCCUGUGGUGACGCAAAAGAAAGUUCCUGACAAUUGUUGUAGACGUGAACCUAUGCUUGUCAGAAACAACCAGAAAUUCCAGUUAGUGGAAGAAGAAACAGGGAUAAACCAAGAAAGAAAAGGUGAAGUUAUAAAACCCUUAGUGACUGAAACUGACACCUCAAACAGAGCUACAUUUGUUGUUGGUGGCUCCUGCUCGCCUGAUCCUCCAUCAGACCUGGUGACAUGGGAGCCUGAAAUUCAACUUCCCAGGGAGCCUCGGCCUGCUGAAGAAUGUUUGCAGAUACUUAGGAAUGCAGAAAAAGGUGCAAAAUUCCUUAGUGACGCUGAAAUCAUCCAGUUGGUUAAUGCAAAGCACAUCCCAGCUUAUAAAUUGGAGACUCUGAUGGAAACCCAUGAACGGGGUGUAUCUAUUCGCCGACAGUUACUUUCCAGAAAGCUUCCAGAGCCUUCCUCUUUGCAGUAUUUACCUUAUAGGGAUUAUAAUUACUCCUUGGUAAUGGGAGCUUGUUGCGAAAAUGUUAUUGGGUAUAUGCCCAUCCCUGUUGGAGUUGCAGGACCUCUGUGCUUGGAUGGAAAAGAAUUUCAAGUUCCAAUGGCAACGACAGAAGGUUGUCUUGUGGCCAGCACUAAUAGAGGCUGCAGAGCAAUCAGUCUUGGUGGAGGAGCCAGCAGCCGAGUCCUUGCGGACGGGAUGACUCGUGGCCCAGUGGUGCGUCUUCCUCGUGCUUGUGACUCUGCAGAAGUGAAGGCCUGGCUUGAAACCCCUGAAGGGUUUGCAGUCAUAAAGGAGGCCUUUGAUAGCACCAGCAGAUUUGCACGUCUACAGAAACUUCACACCAGUAUGGCUGGACGCAACCUUUAUAUCCGUUUCCAGUCUAAGACAGGCGAUGCCAUGGGGAUGAACAUGAUUUCAAAGGGCACUGAGAAAGCACUUUCAAAACUACAUGAGUAUUUCCCUGAAAUGCAAAUUCUAGCAGUGAGUGGUAACUAUUGUACUGACAAGAAGCCUGCUGCCAUAAACUGGAUUGAGGGAAGAGGGAAGACUGUUGUUUGUGAAGCUGUCAUUCCAGCCAAGGUUGUCAGAGAAGUACUAAAGACAACGACAGAAGCAGUGAUUGAUGUGAACAUUAACAAGAAUCUGGUGGGCUCUGCCAUGGCUGGAAGUAUAGGGGGCUACAAUGCCCAUGCGGCCAACAUUGUAACUGCUAUCUACAUUGCUUGUGGACAGGAUGCAGCACAGAACGUUGGAAGUUCAAACUGUAUUACUUUAAUGGAAGCAAGUGGUCCAACAAAUGAAGAUUUGUACAUCAGUUGCACCAUGCCGUCUGUAGAAAUAGGAACGGUGGGCGGUGGAACCAACCUUUUACCUCAGCAAGCCUGUUUGCAGAUGCUAGGUGUCCAAGGAGCCUGCAUAGACAAUCCUGGGGAAAAUGCCCGGCAGCUUGCCCGGAUAGUGUGUGGUACAGUCAUGGCUGGGGAAUUGUCACUGAUGGCAGCAUUGGCAGCAGGGCAUCUUGUCAAAAGUCACAUGAUUCACAACAGGUCAAAGAUAAAUUUACAAGAUCUCCAAGGAACAUGCACCAAGAAAGCAUCUUGAAUAGCCUGAUAGUUCUGAACAAACAUGGGCAUUGGGUUCUAAAGGACUAACAUAAAAUCCGAAUUAAAAAUCUCAAUACCGUGUCUCAUGGAAGAUGAAAAGAUGUAAUCAGUGAGAAGACUGCUUGCAUUUGGCUUUGUUGGAGAAGUUGGAGGUCUUUUCCAUACGGACGCCUCAGAUCUGAACACAGCUCAGUGCUGUACAUGUGAUGUUCUUUGGAAAGGUCUCAGAAUGAAUAUCACACUGUAAAGCAGCAUAGAGAUGGUAAUCUAUGGAGCAUAUUUUUGAAAGCAAAUAGAAGCUGGGGAAAAGGUGUUUUCUUUUAAUGAAAUGAUGAAGUUCAUGUGAUCAAUGUGAAAUUGUCUUUUGCCUCGCCUCUGAUGAGUUAAAAAUGGAUUUUAAAAAUUGUAGCCGACUUCUGAUUUUAUAGUUAAUAUAGUCUGAGUUACAGAAACUUUGUAAGAGCCAAGUUUAUUUUUUGUAAACUAAUAAUUCAUUUGGUGCUGGUCUGUUUUGACUUGAGGAUACUAACAUUCUUCAGAGGAAACCUGAUUCUUCAAGGGAAGAAUUUUAUUUUCAAACUACAGAAUAGUGUGCUAAGCAGUGUUGAAUAGUUCUCUAUCAAGAAGACAACUCACUGCAUUCCUCUCUGUAGAUUAUUUGUUCAGAGAGCUCUCUUGUCUAAAUAUAAAUGUUUGUCUAGCUUGGCAGUAGCACGAGCUUUCAGCAUUAGGUUUUAAGAGAAUUUCAUACUUUUUACUGAAGUUAGAUAUCUUAGUGUUGCUUAUACGUACAUAGUGACUGUGAAGUAUAGUACUAGCACGUCUGUGACCUCUUAGAAUUCAAGAGUAUGGAAACACUGUUUUGAAAGGAAAAUACCAUUUCUCUAAGCCAACUUUAAUCUCUUUAAAGACAUUUUAAUUUAUUUAGUUGAGAAAAAUCUGUAUAAUUUUUUUUUAAACUAUCAAAUCUGUAUAUAUUAUAAUACAGCUUCUUAUGCUAGGACCUUAUUGAAAGUGUUCAAUAAAGAAAAUGAACUUGUUGGGCCAGGUGUUUAGCUCAGUGGUGCCACUGCCUGCCUUGCAG